AUGUGUACGACUAGUGCUGUAUUCUCUUUACUACAGUUCCCGCUAUUCAUAUGGGAAUCUCAUUCACAUAUUCACGCCUUUUGGGUGAAUAUGUUUUGUGUGGUCUUCACUAUAAUCUCGUUUACAAACCCUUUAUAUCUGAUUAUAACUCCUCUUCAGAAAUAUCUACUGAAGAGAGAGGAAGAGCUCGAAACCAAAGUUCGGGUCAAUUGUUAG